AAUGAGGGGGUCAAAUGCUGUAUGCACAUUCGUUCAUUGCCCUAAGUUAUUUACAUUUAUACCACCAGAUGUCUUCGGUCUUCCACCACCCCAAGCCGCAUCGAUCCCCGUUUCUCAUCAGCAACAACAUGCAAUGCAGACCAGACCUGUUACUGCAGUCGUCAGACAACAGACUCCGACUACAAUCCGACCCGUUAGGCCUUCUCAACAAAUUCACGCAAGCCCAGCUCAACAGGAGAAUAUGAAAAAAUGCAAAAAUUUUCUCCAAACUCUUCUAAAAUUAGCAGCGAACCAGCCAGAGUCUACUGUUAAUAACGUCCGUCAGCUUAUACAAAAUUUAAUAGAUGGAAUUAUGAAACCCGAAGAGUUCACUCAACGACUACAAAGCGAAUUGAAGUCCUCGCCUCAACCUUAUCUAGUGCCUUUUUUAAAUAAAUCACUCCCCCUGCUUCGUAAUGCCAUGCAUAAUCAGAAUAUGAUAAUAGAAGGAAUAAGGCCGCCUAGAACUAUACAACAAUUAAGUACACAAAGAGUAGUAAGACCAAAUAUAGCGGGUGGAAGCAUCGACAAAGUUUCAGCAUUAUCAACGCUUAUGAAGCCAAUCCCUCCUACAAUAGGUUCAACAAGUCCAGUUCGAACAAAAAACAAAUAUGAAUCGUCGAAGGAUGACGACGAAUUCAAUGACGUUGCUACUAUGGGAGGAGUUAACCUUACGGAAGAAUCCCGAAAUUUAGCGGCGGCAAACGAUUUAGGAACAUUAAGGUCGUAUAAAGACGAAGCACUGCUUGCCCAACCUUCCCUUCAGACUUAUUUAAAUUCUGUUAUGAGAAAGCACGGGUUAGAUACUGAGCAGGAACAAUCCGAUAUAACAAAAUUGAUCUCUCACGCCUGUCAGUUACGGUUAACACAAAUGAUGGAAAAGUUAAUCGUACUUUCUGAACAUCGGCUUGAAUUAUAUAGGGGACAAUAUAAUCUAGAGAUGACAUCGGACGUCAGGACUCAGUUAAAGUUUAUUGAAGAUAUAGAUAAAGUUGAGAAGAAAAGACACGACGAAGUUGAACGUGAACAAAUGUUACGAGCGGCAAAAAGUCGAUCAAAGAAUGAAGAUCCAGAGCAGGUGAAAUUGAAGCAGAAAGCUAAAGAAUUUCAGCAAUUACAGGCUGAGGAGUUGCGACACAAGGAAGCAAACGAAACAGCAUUGGCCGCCAUAGGAACUAGAAAAAGAAAGUUAGAAGAAGAGAGUAGACUAGCCAAUUCUCCAGUAUCAAACUCGAAUUCAAACGGACAAAAUCGGGUUCCGCAAAAUCUGGCUCGAAAUCGUAAGAAGCGUAUUACAGCAAGAGAAGUUAUUCAUGUUAUGGAAAAUGAUAGACAUCUUAGCAAAUCGAAAUUAUUAUAUAAGACGGCGUUGAAACAAUAA